AUGACAACCUUUGGCAUCAAGGACACCAUCGCCAGGGGCCUGUCCGCGGCGGCCACAGCGGGCGGCCUGGGCACCGCCAGCCUCGUGUCCAAGGAGCCCGAGGCCCUGCCCUUCUGCGCCCUGAGCUACGCCCUGGUGGGCAUCAUCUCCACCGUCCUCACCAGCAUCCCCGCGCAGCAGCAGCAGCAGCAGCAGCAGCAGCAGCAGCAGCAGCAGGCUUGGUCACAGGCCGCGCUGCCGCAGCACUUGGCAGCAGCGCUGCCGUCGGAGCCGGUGGAGCAGCUGGCUUGCGCCCAGUCGAUCAUCCACAACGCGUUUGUGCUGCAGGCGGAGCUGCAACAAGCCGAAGCAUCGCGGCUGCGCGACGCGCUCGCCGAGAGCCAGGCGGCAACCAAGUCGCUGGAGCGGCGCAACGCUGGCCUGGAGGAAGAGCUGCAGGAACAGCAGCAGCGGGCCCGGCAGGCAGUGGCAGACCAGCAGCACCUCGCAGCAGAGAAAGCCGCACUGAUAGAAACUGUGAAGCGGCUCAACAGGGAGGUCGCGCGGCUGGAGGGGUUCCGGCGGAACCUCCUGCGGCAGCUGCAGGACGACGGCGAUGACGCCUGCGGCCCGACGCCCACGUCGCUGGCCGCCGUCGACAGCACGACGGAGCGCCUCGUGCACGACGUGCUCAGCAGCUGCCACGGCUUCGGGCCGGACCAGUCGCCGCAGGCAGCCCUGGAGGGCGUCGGCGCCGCCGGAGGCAAGGGCAGCGCGGGCGCGAAGCUCUUGGGCGCGGCACCUGGGCUCGGCGGCUUGGGCAGCGGCGGCAGCGGCGCGGCUGGCGGCGGCAGCGGCGGCGGUGGUGGCGCGCUGAGCUUGGGGAGCUACGGGUCGCCCGCGCGGUCGGCCGGGGCGCAGCACGGCGGCGGCGGCGGUGGUGGCAGCGGCACGGGCUCCUUUGGGGCGGCGGCACAACGCGGUGGGCAGUUAUUUGGCAGCCCGGCGGCUUUGGGCCGACAGCAGCACCACCAGCAGCAGCAGCACCGUCAGCAGCAGCAGCACCACCAGCAGCAACCCGAGGGUUUCGCCACGCCCUCGCGGCCGACCGGCGGCAGUCAGGGCGCCGGGUCAGCCCCGCCCCCAACCGGCUCGCCGCGCAUCGAUGGGAAGGAGUUCUUCCGGGCCGCAAGGUCCCGGCUGUCCUAUGAGACCUUCUCCAGCUUCCUGGGGGCCAUCAAGGAGCUCAACGCCGGCAAGGCGUCCAGAGACAGCACGCUGGCGCGCGCGCGGGAGCUGUUUGGCGGCGACAACGGCGACCUUUACGCGCUGUUUGAGGGCCUGCUGUCGCGCCACCUGGCGGCGUGA